UGAGAUGCCAGCCCUGCGGCCACUGCUGCUGCUGCUGCUGCCCCUGCUGUGGGCAGGGUCCCUGCAGCAGAGUCAAGGCCCAAAGAUCCAAGUCCAGGAGUCAGUGACCAUACAGCGGGGCCUGUGUGUCCUGGUGCCCUGCUCCUUCUCCUUCCCCUCACGUUGGUGGCUUUCCCAGCGAGAGAUCUACAUGUCUUGGUUCCGAUUCUGGACAACAUACUACUCAUACAAUGAUGAGCCUGUGGCCACAAACAACCCAAAACAUGCAGUGAGGCCAGAGAUCAAAGGUUGAUUCCACCUCCUUGGAGACAUCAGGACCCAAAACUGCUCCCUAAGCAUCAGGGGCGCCAGAAUGGAGGACACAGGAUCCUAUGUCUUCAAAAUAGAGACAAAGAAUCAAGGACAGAGUUAUGCAGACAACCCUGUGCAUUUGGAGGUAACAGACCUGACAGAGAAACCGGUCUUCCUGGUUCCUGAGCCCCUGCAGUCUGGCCGCCCCACACGCCUCAGCUGCUUCCUGCCCGGAUCCUGCCCAGGGAGCCCACCCCUCACCUUCUCCUGGUUGGGGGACGCCCUGAACUCCAUGGACCCUGGGAACCUGCAUUCCUCAGAGCUCACUCUUACCCCACGGCCCCAGGACCACAACAGCAGCCUCACCUGCCAGGUGAAACUCGGAGGAACUCGUGUGACAGUGGAGAGUACCAUCAGGCUUAAUGUCUCCUAUGCUCCUCGAGACCUCACUGUCAGCGUGUUCUUCAGAAACAGCUCGGCCCUGAAGGCCCUGAGCAACGGCUCCUCGCUGUCUGUCCUGGAGCAACAGUCCCUGCGCCUGGUGUGCGAGGCUGACAGCAACCCUCCUGCCACUCUGAGCUGGACCUGGAAGGGAAACGCCCCCGGUCCCUCCCAGGUCUCUGGAUCUGGGGUCCUGGAGCUGACCCGCGUAGGGGUGAAGGAUGGAGGGGCAUUCACCUGCCGGGCUCAGCACCCGCUGGGCUCCCAGCACCUUUCCUGGAGCCUCUCUGUGCAGGGAAGCACCUCCACCUGCAUCUGUGAGGCUGGAGGGCAGGAGGGCUCUUGGGCCCUGGCCCUCACCCUGAUCAGAGGCUUCCUCAUGGGGGCCGGCUUCCUGCUCACCUAUGGCCUCCCCUGGAUCUACUACAGUAGGUGA